AACCAGCUUAAUUCUUCUCAUUUUCUAUUGCUACUCAUUUCUCUAUUUUUCUUUCCUCUGCAAUGGAAAGUAAAACACCAAACACCAUCUCAACUUCUCUUCCAGUAGCUGGAUUUGUUGGUAUCCCAAUAUUUCACAAAAUUCUCAACUGGGUACCCAAAAUUCAGUUACGAUAUUCAAGUUUUCGAUCUCUUCUCCAACUGAAACAUGGUUUUGGAAUUUGGGUUGAGAUGAAAAACCACUGUCCUGAACUAGCAAGCAAGCAGGUGUUUUUGGAGGAUAAUGAAGGAGAUGAUGAGAAACUAAGCAGAAAAGAUAUGGAGAUGGUGAUGGAGAACUUGGGAAUUUUUUGUAACCCAAAUGAUGAGACACUUGAAGAGAGAUUAGGAUAUGAGGAGUUUUCAGUUCUGUUUGAGAAUGAGGAACCAAGCUUGGAGGAGGUGAAGGAAGCUUUUGAUGUGUUUGAUCAGAACAAAGAUGGGUUCAUAGAUGCAAUGGAGUUACAGAGAGUUCUUCACAGUUUGGGUUUCUUGGGAGUAUUCAAGAUGGAGGACUGUAAAAGAAUGAUGGAAACCUUUGACACAAACAGAGAUGGAAGAAUUGAUUUCAAUGAAUUUCUCAAACUUACGGAGAACAGCUUCCAGUUGAAGCAGAGACACGGGUGACUUCAACU